AAAAAGGGGGGAAAAAUAGGCCUCUCUCUCUCUCUUUUUUUAUUUUAAAUCAAUGCAGCCUUCCAUGUGGCUGAGACUACUGUGCGUGUAUGUCAGAGUCCGAGAGAGUCCGGUGCCAUUCAGGAAAAGGGAGGAGGAUGCUGAUGUCGUUGUUUUUCUUGUUGUUUUUCAAUCUGUAAAGCGUUCUCUCCACCGGGGCCAUAUGGAAUGGUGCGAUCGGUGUACCCAAUAGCGAAUGUAUGUUCGAAAAUCUAGUCAAGAUUUACACAUCAAGAACAAUAGUGAAGCUUUGACUGAAAUGAUAAAGAGUAGUACUAAUGGUGCAGUAUGCUUUGGUUAGGCAGGUCAGUUUCGUGUCAUCGCCGGUGCAAAAAGAUGGUGCAUUUCGUACGGAAUAAUGAAUGGUACACGAUAAGGAAGAAGGAAAGCAUAAAUAAUAAUCACGAACGAUUAUUAUUAUUGUUAUUAUUAUAUGGAUGUAAGAGAGAAUUCAGAACGGAAAAUCAAACCGUAGAGAGAAAAACGGAAUGAAGAUUUAAAACAAAGAAAUGUGUGCUUAUUUAAUUUCUACUGCUAUUGUGAAGCAUUCAGUGGAAUAUUCAAAAUUAUAUAAAGCUACUGUACAGAGACAUGGAGAACUAUGAAGGCGUUCGAAACAGACCUGCAGCUCACUCAGUUUACACAGGGGUUGGUGAGGAAAAUGGAGAGGAGAAUGUGGAGGAGCUACGAGAACGACUUCGGCAGAUGAAAGCCAUAGUCAAUGACCGUACAGGAGGAAAAAAGAAAUCAGGUAUUGAUGAGGGCUUCUUAAGUGUUGUGUUUGCCUGUAUCCUAGUUGUCAUCGCUGGAGUGACCCUUUAUGCCUUCGUUGUUCUGUAUGCAGCAGUGCACAGGAGAUGGACGGAGGACCUAAACGACUGAAAUUUCUCUUUUGAGACGAGGAAUACACUCUCCCUGACAUUCAGUCAACUGGGGCUCAAGAAAGUUACAAAUGAGAAUGCCCUCCUGAAUCCUGACACAAGGGUUGUAGUCUUGUUUUUCUAAUUACACCUGAUAAUACAACUAUGAUCGGGAAAUAAUACUGCUGCUAAUAUACAUCAUAAACUCUCAAAUACAUUAAAACUUCAAAAUAACGCUAAUUCAAUUUUCUGUAUCUUCCAGGUACUUUUUACAUGAAAAAUAUUUUAAAUACCAUAAUCUUAAGAAAGCAAUGUACUUGAUUCAUACCAUAUUGAGUACAUGAUUCAUUUAGUAUCUUAUAAUUUUUCAAGGACCUUUCUAAGAUGCAGUAUCUUUCUGUUCAGUUCAUAAUAAUUUUUCUGCUACUUUUAUUAGGUUAAACAUAACCAAAUUUGGAAAAAGACUGAAAAUUAUAAGGUUGGUGUAAGCUACAAUUACCUUAAGGUUUUUAAACUAAACUUUAUACUAUACUGGUCAUGUGAUAGCAGUACUAAAUCCAAAAUACCUUUCAGCUGUCACUAUAUUUCAAAUCAGUACUACUACUAUGUUCAGAAUUUUAAUACCAAUUGUAUUACUGUACUUCAAAGUUCAUCUUGAAAAAGAGUUUUGGUAAACAUUUGAGAUAGUACUACGUACUAAGAAAUUUGUGGCUUGAGAAUCAGUACAGCAUUUACUUUCUAUUCAGCAAAAGUACAGCAGUUUCUGUUCAAAGGUACAAGCAAAAUUCUAUAAUUUAUGGUAGCCAAAUAAACUGUAUGUUCUUUUCAAGAGACUGAGUACAUUCAUGGAGGUUACUUUUUACAUGAAAGUUUCAAUGUUGAAAAUAACUGAUAGUACAGUAUUAGCAUACUAGUCCAGAUAUGAAACCCUAUUCAUACUCCAAAGGCAAGUACAGUGUCACUGUACCGUAUCUCUUUAAAUUGACUUUGCUCAACGUUUUUCAGUGCUUGUGCUAAUGUCCUAUUUUUGUGAUUUUCUUUGUAAACACUAGCUGUAUUUAUAUAUAGCCUUUGCUUUCAUACAGUGAAAAAGUUACUUCUAUACAUUUUCAUAUGAAAAGCCAAAUAUGAUUACAUUGAGACUUUCGAAACUGUAGAAAUAUUACCAUAUGUAAUGCUGCUGUGCAUACACAUUACAUUAAAAAUAAAAAAAUAAAAACAUAAAACUUUAGCAUACAGUAAAGAUUUAAAUUUGAAAGUUACUACAAAUCUCAUGCCAACCUAAUGUACCAUAGUAGUAUACCAUAAGGGACAUGGAAGUAUAAGGCAACAAAACAGUAAACCUCGUGAAACAAAAAUCUUUUUAACAGUACGUAGUAAAAUUUCAUCAAAAUUGUAGCUGUGAUAGAACAAUCAUCAGUGAAGGUAGGUCAACUAACACCAAUAUAAUUGUACAAGAACCCCUUCAAGCUAGAAGUCAAUCUGAUACAGCACACAUGCUCAGUAAAAUUCUGUAUACUACAAACCUUGCAUGUUUAAAAAAAAAAUCUUAAUGUUACCAGCAUUCAUGAGGAAAAUAUAAUACAAAAGAUAAAUGAAAUUAACAAGGAGUUCCAUAUCCUUUGGACAGAAAAAAAAAAGUAUUCAAUUCAGACUAUGUCGUACUGAAAUACCUCCAUAAAGGUAUUCACUCUUGGUUUUCCUUGGUAAUAUAAGCAGACUUACUCAUACCAAGAAAAGAAAUUAUCAUUUCUUUUCCUCAUACAUAUAAAUUCACAUAAGUACUAUUAGAUGUAAAGCAAAUGUUGAAGUCAUGCUAUCAUUACAUCGUGAUAACCUUACAGCAAAUAUCAUCUUGCAGGUAAUUACAUUAUAUAUUAUUAUAUAUUUUUACAUUACAACUAUUUUAUACCACUAUCAAUUUUCUAGUCUACAAAACUGUGAAAAGCUUAUGUGACCAUCACUGUCUCAAAAAGACCUACAACUGCCAGGCUGUGCAAGGUUGUGUGCUGCUGAAGCUCGCAUGAGCUGAUAAUCCAUUUUUAAUGCCCAUGUGAGUGAAAGCUUCCCAACAACAACAAUAAAACCUGUUCAUAUUUUGGAAGAAAUGUUUAUUUUUCCUCUUAUUACCUGUCAUUUUAAAUAUCUGGGAAGUUAAUAUAAACACAUUAACUCUACUGAGCCUCAGUACAAUGAAUUUUCAAUUCCAUAUGAAACACAAAAGACAUUGCACAGUGUACGUACUCAUGCUGGUAACUUAUUAGGAAUAGAUGAGACUUCCUCUUUUUUCAGGAUGCUAUGAGAUUUACUUGUGUAUUCUUUGUAUAAAACAGUACCAUCAUUUAUGAAUGCAAAUUACUCCCAAACUCUUUACAUCUCUUAAAAUUUUAAUUUGUUUCUGUUUUUAUUUUAACAUUAAUAUAACAUUCCAUCAAACAAUGGUAGUCACUUUAAAAUGACUCAGUUAACAAUACAGUAUAAUAUAAAAAAUAAUUUAGCUAGAUACAUUAGAUAGCUAAUCCUAUCAUUAUAGCUAUGUUAUACAAAAUUUUGUUUUUGUUUUAACCAUAUGUGAAGAAAUGGUAGGUGUGUGGUAUUGUAAUCAACCCCUUUUUUAACAGAUAUCCAGAUUGUUUUAUCUUCAAGCCACAGAUUUCAUUUUCAAACUAGAAAUAAAGAUUUCCAUAAAAAACAAAGCAAUGUACUCAUAAAUGGGUGACCAGUAACCAAAGCUGCAUUUUCUGCCAUUCAAUGAACAUCAUAAAGGUAACUGCAAGUGAUUUUGCUGCUACAAUCCAAGAUCUCUAAAAUCAAACGUAAAUCUGAUUAUUAACGAAUUUCCCCUUAUAUCUCUAUUCAGUUAUUUCAAUACAGUGCCAUCUCACUUUCUGGUUAUAUUCAAGUUUACACAAGAAUACAGUAUGUUUAGUACUUAAUGCGGAUGUUUAUUACAAUAAGGGCAAAGAUACUGAAUUUAGAAAUCUGUCAUUCUGUACUUCUUUGGUUGUAUAUCAGCAUCAUUAUCAUUAUUUUCAAGUCAGGUUCUGAUUUGACAGGAUUAGACAUAAUUAUUUCUAUCUGCUAUCGUCUGUUUUGUGCACUUUCUGUCCAGACAAAAGAGCAAAUGAACAUCAAGAUUCUACCAAUACAAGAUUCACAUAUGGUUAUAAACUAAUACAACAUAAAUUCCAUUUUCAUUCAAUGUAAAAUAUAUGAUAAUUAUUAAAAAUACUUUAGGGGUCCCUAUACAACACUUUGCGCUUAGAUGAACUUUAGAUGCUUUAGAUGCUGUGGUCUCUUCAUAAAAAGGACUUGAGUCACUCAUAAACCAUCAAGUUUUGUUUUAUAGAAUUAUCAAUUGGUUCAUGUAGAUUGCAACACUGUGAAGUCAAAAUUUGAAGGAUUAUGUACAUUCAUUUGACUUGAGCAUAGGAAAAAUGUUAUCUACAUACGAACUGUAGAUAGAUUUACACAUAAAUAUUACUUCUUGCGGUUGGAUACACAGGAAACAACACAUUUAUAUUUGGUUUAGUAAUACUUGAAUGGCUAACUAGUGUAUUAUCAAAGACUUAAUGUGUGAGAAUGAGAAUAAAAUGCUAUUUAUCAUUAGGCCUAGUUCUCAGAAGCAAUAUAAUGUCAAAGCUAGAGACCAUCUCCUUGAAAAGAUUAAUACGUAGUUCCAUGCAGUGUCCAGAAACACCUGACUAUAGUUACUUAACCCCUUAGGUCAGUUGCUCUCUAAGCACACUAUGCAGUGGUACCCCUGUAUUCCCGGGGGAUGCGUACCAGGACCCCCGCAAAUGUUUAGAAUCUGUGAAUAGUUGGAACCCCUGUAAAACACUGAAAACGACCUAUUUUGGAAGGUAAAACUCUAGAAAAACCCACUAAAAAUUUGUAUACCUGGUUUUUUUAAUAGUUUUAUCACAAAAAUUGCAUUUUAUGAUGAAAUUGAUAAAAAAAACCCAGGAAUUUGUGGAUAUUUCUCAUAGAAAAAUACUGUGAAUAGGCGAAUUUCCCAUGAAUAAUGGGUAGAUAUGGUCCAGAGAGAAAUCCGUGAGUCUGUGAAUCAGGAGAACACGAAUAUAGGGGUCUCACUGUAAUAGUGUACUGUACUGUGCUAAAAAAAAAGCAGUAACAAAUGAUAAUAAUAAUAAUAAUAAUAAUAAUAAUAAUAAUAAUGUGCAGUUACUGUAGCAUACUUAAAAAAACAGUAAUAAAAAGAUAAGUAGUAGUAACAAUAAUAAUAAUAAUAAUAAUAAUAAUAAUAAUAAUAACAAUAAUGUGCAGUUACUGUACUGCACCAAAGUUAAAAUAUGUUUUUCUAUUCAUAGAGGGUUAAAUAUUCCAGUCACUUCAUAUAAUUCACAAUAAAAUAAUACAGCUGCCUUAUUUAAUGUAACCAUACCCACCCACAUUUAAGGUUCAGCUCUUGUCGUAGACUUGUAAGUUCUGUCUUGUAUACUAAAAGAAGGUAUUAAACCAAACAAAAACAUGAAAAAUGCAAUAUUUUCCAAUCUAAUUUACUUCCAAUAUGGAAAGAAGAUUAAGAGACACGAACAGCACUUGGUAAAUUGCUCCAAACAAAAAUGUUAUCGGGUGCUUUGCUCAUGUUAGUAUCCCACUCUAGAGUUUCUCAAGAUAUUCUUUAUUUCUUUCUCAAAACAACCUUCCAUUGCAAUAAUGAUAAUCAGAGCUGUGUAAGCAAUCAUGAAUAAGAUCAACAGCUACUGAUCACAUGUGCUCAUCAUACAAUCAUUGUAUUUAAAAAGAAAUUCAAGCAGGAACUUCUAGGCAUAUAACUUCAGUGCUUUUUAUAACAAGUUAUAUUCUACAACUCUAUCAAUCUGACAUAUGUGUUUUCCUUCCGUUAAGUCGCAAGUCUCUAAUCAGACUAUUUCAGCAUUGCAUUUUUACUCCUUUGUCUCCAGUUUUAUUAUUAUUUGUACUAACUUUUGAAAAAAUACUAACUAAGUACAUUACAAUAACAUUUGAAAACCAACUUCAAAAAGAUAAUAGACCUUCUAAGGCUUUACAAAAGAUAACUCUACAUAGUAGAGCGCUGUUCACUAAACCACUCUUUUAUCUUCAUACAAAUAUGCAUUUUUCAAAAGCUAAAUAUAUCCCCUAAACAAAUCACAAAGCUACAGAACACAACAUAUCUUGAUGUUACAUUAUCCUUAAUAAAGUGAA